AACUAAUAUAUGUAUAAUAUCUACUAGCUAUAACUCGAACGACAAGCAAAUCCGCGAACGAAAACCCCAUAACUAACCCACCAAAACAAAAAACAAAAUACCCGAACAAAACCCCAGAAAACAAAACGAAACGCGUCUCCCUCAAUCUAACUCGCUCGUGUCUUUCGUGUUCAGUGUAGAGUUCAAAAUGUACAACAAGCUAAAACAAUAAAAAAUAAACUGAAGAGAGAGAGAGAGCGAAUCGAAACAAAAAAAAAUAAAUAAAAGAAAGAAGCAACCAACCUAAAACGAGAAAGAUUAUAAACGCCCACACACAAAAUACUACACGUAGCCGCUAAGCCGACAACAAGAGGAGUUCCGAGUCGAGGAGUCCCGCGUUCCCAGCCAUACCGCACUCAAUCCCAGCCCAGACGAAGACCCCAACAAGAGUAAGCACCAACAGCACCACCCGCUCUCGCUCUUGCUUCCAUCACUAAAAACAGUUAGCCGCCAUGGAACGCCGCCAAACCCUAGACUCAUCGAUGUCUUCGCUCUAUUCGGCUGCCUCCUCGAGUCGCCAGAUCCAGUCGCAGUCGCAGUCACAUCUACAGCAACAGCCACAGCUCCAGUCACAGCUAUCACAGCAGUCACAGCAGUCCCAUCCGUCCCCGUCGCAGCUAGACGCCUUCAAUUAUUCAGCAACAAUGUCAUCAUCAUCGCCAACUCCAAGCCAGGCCCUGUCCACAGGCACAACCACUGGCACCGCCACCGCCACCGCUUCUGCCGCCCCCUCGCUGCGUGCCACAACCAUCGGCACGGUUGUCGUCCGCUGUGGACCCAUACAGCUGGUGAUAGCGCUCCUACAAAGUCCCGAAAAGAUCUACAUAAAAGUUGUCGAGCUAGAGCCAAAGAUCACAUCACUGGGCGACAAUCUCGAGGAGUCUAUGCGCAUGCAACGAGAGCAUGAUGAAACGCUCCGAAAUCUACAGAGCCUGCCUGGACCCAUGGAUGAGUUUGUGCAGAAGGCGGACAAAUUGCUGGCCAGCAAAAGGAUCAGCUCGGAGCUAGUCAAUGCCAUGGCCGACACAUUGAACAUCAUUUGGCAGGACAUAUUGAACCUGCUGCAGGAUCGGCAACACAUUCUACUGCUGUGCACACAGUUCCAUGACAAAAUGACACAAUGCUUCCGGCGCAUGGAUCAGCUAGAGAUGGCCUGCAGCGAGUCGUUGCAACCGUUGGAAGUGCCACGCGUGCAGGAGUUCCUCAACAGAUUCAAGCAGCUGCGGAUCGACAUGCUCACGGGUGUAAUGGCUGCCCUGAAGGACGGCAAUGAGUUGCUCUCGCAGCUGGAGGAGCUGGAAAAGCUGGAGACCCUAGACACACGACCCGAGCACAUCAAGCGGGAUGCUACGAGGGCCGUGCACCAAGUGCAACAGUGGCUGGAGGCGCUGCAUGAUCGAAGAAACGACCUAGAGCUGGCUUGGCAGACGCGCAAGACACAAAUGGAGCAGUGCCUGGCUCUGGGGCUGCUCGGACGAGAGCUCAUCGAUCUGGAGGCGGCGCUGCAAAAGGCGCGGAUGGACCUCAACACAAUGUACAGCCUGGGCGAGUGCGAGCACACGGCGAAUGAGAUGUUGGCCCGCUACAGAGAGUGGAAGCAGCAGGCGCUGCUCCUGCGCGAUCGUGCACUGAAGAUCACGCGAGCCAAGGAGAAGGUCCAGUCGGCGGGUAUCUUCGCGGGCGAUGAGGCAUGUGCCCGUGCCUAUGCUGUGCUCAGUGGCUGCACCGAGCACUUGGAUCUCGUGGAUCAGCGGGAGCACUGGCUGCACCAGUCCCGGGAGUUCUUUGCCAAGGCCGAGCACACGCUGAGUGUCCUGGAGAAGCUGGAACUGGAGCUGGCAAGCGUUAAGCUGCCACCAAAUUCCCCCGAGAGCUACGCCAUGUUCGCCAAAGUGGAGCGGGAUGUGCGCAGCUUCACCGAGGAGCCACUGCGUCUCGGCUAUGGCAUACUCGACGAAGUGGGACGCACCCAGCCCGAGACGCAGGGCGUGAAGCGGGUCCUCGAUGAGUUGGAGAAUCGCAAGGCCUACAUCGAGGGCAUCUGUGCGCACAGCAGCGAGGAUCAGCAGAAGGUGCAGCGUGCCCUCAGUGAGUUCCUCACGCAACACAACGAACUGUUGGCCUGGCUGCGUGCCUCCGGGCAAUUGCAUCUGCAACAGAGCGUGGAUAUGGGUCGAAAUUUGCAACAAUCGAAACAGUUCCUGCUGCAGCAUCACGAACUUAUGCAGGAUUUGGAGAUCAAAGGAGAACUCAUCAAUCUACUCCUCGAGUCCAUCAAAGUCCAUUUGGAGUCGCUGAGUCCGCAGCAGCGCUACGAUGUCGACUCCAAGGCCGAAUCCCUGCACAAACACUGGAUCGAACUCAAGGAUCUGGUGCUGAAACGCGUCGAUCAUGUCUCCCUGCUGAUUGAAUUCUUUGAGCAGGCCAACGAGCUCUCUAGUCAGCUGGAUCACAUGCAACGGCAGCUCCAGCAAACACCCGACGAGCACAAGCUGCAGUUCCUUCAGGCCACCUGGUCCAACAUUAUUCUCACCUUCAGCGAACUCAAGUCACGGGGACAGCGAUUCAUCAACUUGAAAAUUGUGGAUCCAUAUCUUGAGACAAAAUCCUCAUCAAAGGCAGUGGAAGAGACGCUGAACGGUUUCAGUAAGCGGCAGUGCGACGUGACGAGCAGUUUGGAGAAUUGGACAACGAACAUACAAGAGAAGCGAGAAGUUGAAUAUUUGCUAGAGAAAGUCAUGAGUGAUAACGAAGAGACGGUUGCCAAGAGCACCCAAGUGGACACCCAAUUGUAUCCAGUUUUUGGUUCCCCCUCGCUGGAUACCAAGCAACUGCUCACGGGCAUACGCGAGAAGCUCAAUUUUGUCACGCAGGACAUUGAGCGGGCACAGGAGGAGAUCCAGCAUCGCAUACAAACGACACUGAGCAUACAGACCAAGGAUCAAGCAUCGCUGGCCAAGAUCGAGCAGGUGAUUAAUAAUUUGCGCAUGCUGAAGGCACGUUUGGAUGGCAUCAAGUACGAUUAUCGUACGCUCAUCGAGAGCGUGCUGCUCUUCCUGGAGAACAUUGCGCAGCUGCGGCGGGAGAUCGAUGAGUACUUUGCGAGGCAGCAGCAGCAGCAACAACACCCAGCCACAUCUUCGGGUGGCAUUGCUGUGGAGCGGAGCAUUGCGGAGCAUGAGAAAUUCCGCGAUCAGUGCAUGGAUAAAUUUAGAUCGUUAAUCACACAAUCCGAACUGCUGAUCGAUCGUGUGCGCGUACUGGAGCCACCGGGUGCACGCGAAAUCGACACCGAUCGCAUUUUAAAGUUGUUGGAAAAUCUACGCAUUCACUUCGAGACGCAGUGCAGUGCGAGAAUGUCGUCGCUCGAGCGUCUCGAGAAGAUUGAACAGUUUCGCAAUGAUCUGGAGGAUAUUGAUCGCAGUUUGGACAGCGUUAGCAAGCAGCUGCACGACAUCAAUGGCCAGAGUGUCGAUAGUUUGGCGGCGGCAAAGACCACAUCGCUGGCAUUUGAGUAUUUUGAACGUACCAUUGAGUGUUCAAUGCCCAAGCAAUUGAAAUCGACGCGGCAUCAGCAACGUUGGGGCCAAACAGCCCACACACUCGAGUUACUCGAAAAACGCAUUGAAAAAUUCACCGAGUCAACGAGUCAGCAGCUGCUGAUUACAAAUCCCGAAAGCGUAGAAUAUGUUAAGGAGGAGCUGCACAAGCUCAACGACAAAUGGCAGGGCUUCAAGGAUCAAGUGAAGCAGAAACGAAAGAGUCUCAAUCAGGCCACAGAUUUCUUUGAAGUUGUCGAAAAGAUCGAUGCCGAAUAUCGUGAGAUUAGCUACUUCUAUAGCAGCGUCUCCAAUAAGGUUCCCUAUCUGCGCGACUCUGUGGAGGCCGCUAAUCUCGUCAAUGACAUCGAAAACUAUGUGACAAGUCGGGAGCCGGGACUCCGCGCGAAGCUGGACAGCGCCUCGCAGUGUGCCCACGACAUGAGCAAGGUCUCGGCGCUCUACAACGAUGUCAUGAACAUCUUUCAGUCCUUCAUCAAGCUCAAAAUGGACAUCAACGUGGUGCAGGAGCGUCUCAACCAGGAGCAGCGACAGCGCGAGCAGCGGGAACGUGACUCGCGCGAUCAGGCGGAGCGGGAGAAGGCGCUGCGCGAGGCAGAGGCCAGGGAGCGGCUGGCCAGGGAGGAGCAAUCCCGUCUCGAGAAUCAGCGACAGCAGGCGGCCAUCGAGCAGGCCCAGCGAGAGUUGGUGGCCCGAGAGCUGGCACUACGCGAGCAGGCCGUACGCGAGGAGGAGUCGCGCCUGCGGACUGUGAGGGAACAGGCGGCCCGGGAGCAAUUGGCCAGGGAACAAGCGGCACGCGAGGAGGAGCAGCGCAUACAAGCGCUGCGGGAGAUUGCCAAGCGAGAGGAGGAGGCGCGUCUGCAUAGCAAACGCGAGGAGGAGAUUCGCAUCAAGCGGGAGGAGGAGUCGCGUGCCAAGCGUGAGGACGAGUCCCGUGCCAAGCGCGAGGAGGAGGCACGCAUUCAGCGCGAGGAGAUUACGAGACUGCAAACGCUGCGCGAUCAGGUGGAUCAGCAGCGCAUCGUUACCGAGAACAUACGAAAGGACAUCCAAGUGAAUUCCAUCUUCACGGAGCUGCGCUAUGCCUCGCCGCUGUUCGUGCGUCCCCUCAAGGAUGCGGUGACCCGCGAGGGCGUUCGUUUCGUCUUUGAAUGUGAGGUCACGGGCACACCAGAGCCCACCGUUGAGUGGUUCAAGGAUGGCAUUAGUAUCCUCAGCCAUGCCGACUACAAGACCAGCUUCGACAAGGGCAUAUGUCGGCUGGUGAUCGAGGAAACCUUUGCCGCUGACACGGCACGCUUCAGCUGUCGUGCCGCCAAUCUGGUGGGCACCUGCGACUCCAAUGCCACGCUGGCGGUGCGCGAGAAUGCCGCCGAGGUGCAGCUGGUGCCGCCGCGCAUUUUGCGCUUCCUCGAGAGCGGCAAGGCCACCGAGGGCAGCUCCUUCCAGUUCGGUUGCAUCGUCACGGGUGUGCCCCUGCCCACUGUGCAGUGGUUCAAGAACGACAAAUGCAUCGACGACUCCCCGGACUAUGUCAUCAGCUACAACAAUGGCGAGGCGACGCUACGCUUCGAGGAGGUCUUCCUCGAGGAUGAUGCGGUGUACACCUGCAGUGCCUCCAAUCCAGCGGGCAUCGAGCACUGUUCCGCCAGUCUGAUUGUGGAGCCCUUGGAACCCACAGAGCUGCCCAGCUUCAAGGUGCCCCUGUCCAAUGCCAUGGCACGUGUGGGUCAAAAGAUCAAACUGGAGGCAAUUGUGAGUGGCAUACCCCGGCCGGACAUCUGCUGGGUGCACAAUGGCAAACCGUUCCAGCCACGCGAUGCCAAGUAUGAAUACGGCCGCGUAACGCUGAUAAUCCCCCAAGCUUAUCCCAACGACGCCGGAUCGUACGUGCUAAGCGCCAAGAAUCUAGCCGGAGAGGCAUACACUAGCUGCAACGUCAUUGUCAAGGGUCGACUGCCCAACGAAACGUCCGAUUCCGAGAUGGCCAGCGACAUAGAACCGAUCAAGCCGGCGGUACAUUUACCCCUGAAGGAUGUCUCCAUAUUUGAGGGAAAACCUGUGCGCUUGGACUGCGUGAUUGUGGGUCAGCCGGAGCCAGAAGUCAUUUGGUAUCACAACGAGCGACCCGUCAAGGAGUCCGCCGAUGUGCAGCUGCUGUUCCAGGGCGAUCGUUGUUCGCUGAUCGUCCAAGAGGUGUACCAGGAGGAUGCAGGGCACUACAAAGUGGUCGCCAUCAAUUCAGCGGGCGAGACAUCUAGCAGUUGUGAGCUGAAGGUCACGCCCUUGAACCAGGCAGAGCCUGCCACACGCGCACAAGUGGAGCGGCAGAGCCUGCCGAAGGAUGCGCAACCGAAAUUCGAGCGUCUGCUGUCCGAUGUUCUGGCGGAUGAGGGCGAACAGGUGGUGCUGGAGGUGCAGGCCAGCGGUGAUCAACCGCUGAGCGCCCAGUGGUAUCUGACCAACAAGGAGCUGCAGCUGGACAAUCGUGUCACGGCCACCGGGGAUGCCGAAUCGGGCAUCUUCAAGCUGAUCCUGAACAAUGCCAGCGUCGAUGACAAAGGUGUCUACACGGUGAAGGUGUCCAAUCAGGCGGGCGAUGCCAAGUGCUUCUCCCAUUUGAUUGUCAAGUCUGUGAAUGCCCCCGAGAAUCGUCGCAGCAGUCAAUCCUCCGUGGAGAUUGUGGAGCGACUUGCCUGUCCCGAGUUCAAGGAGCUCUUCAGCGACAAGCAGGGCAGCAUCGAUGACGUCGUCAAGUUCGAGUGCAUUGUCAAGGGCAGACCCACGCCCAAGGUCCAUUGGUUCUUCAACGAUCAGCCCGUGCAUGGACACAAUUUCCUCGUCUCGACGAGCGGCGAUCGCCAGGUGCUGACCAUACAGAAGCUCACCCACGAUGCCGUUGGCAAGAUUAGCUGUGUGGCCGAGAAUGAGGCGGGCAAGGCCACCUGCGUGGCCUUUCUGAACAUCAUUGGCAGUGGCUUGCCCGCGUCCAGUGAUCUGCAGACCAUGACCCAGGAGCACAAUACCGAAUCCUCGCGUGUGACCAUCAAGAAGCAAACAUUCACCACCACCUCCACCUCGCAGGUGAACUCCUACGAGGGUAAUGUGCCCCAGACAGAGGUGCAUCACUCCUCCGCGCACAUUGAUCAGUCCCUCAAGCAAUUGGGCCAGCAACGGCCCGAGAUCAUGGAGAGCCAUCACUACCAGGAGCUGCACAAGAGCAAGGAGAUGAGCUCGCCCAGUCUGCAGCAAAAGUCCUUCACUGUCGUUCAAUCUGCAUCCAAUGGCGGCGGUGCUUCUCCACUUCCUGCCAUAACCAUGCCCGAGUCCCCCACUCGACUGCGCAAGGAGAUUGCGCCUCGUUUCACCACUCCCCUCACCGGCAAGAUUGUGGAUCAGGGCGCCGAUGUCAGCAUGGAGGCCAUCUACGAUGGCUAUCCCUCGCCAGAGAUCAAAGUGGAGAAGAAUGGCGGCCAGCUGUUCGACGAUGCCCAUACGAAAAUCUCCAAUAAAUUCAAUCGCGUCACCAUCGAACUCAAGCAGGUGGGCGUGGCUGAUGCGGGACGCUAUGCAGUGACAGCCUCCAAUGCGGUGGGGCAGUCGACCAGCACCGCCGAUUUGGUGGUUAAAAAGACCAUCUUUCCGCCAGUCUUUGGCAGACGCUUGCAGGCGCAGGUCGCGAAAAAGGGUGAAAAAUUAAUAAUGGAAGUUGAGGUCACAGGACUGCCGGAUCCCACGGUGCUUUGGCUAAAGGAUGAUAAGCCCAUACAGGAUGCUGGCAUAUCACCACACCGUUUGCUUGCACAGGGCAACUGCUAUCGUUUGAUUAUUGAGAAAGCACAAAUCUCAGACUCUGGCAAGUAUAUGGUGAGGGCCACCAAUGCUGGUGGUGAGGCCAAAAGCAUUGCCGACUGUGCCAUACUGGAACCAUCGCCAGAGCGACUCCAAGAGGUGGUCAAGACCAUUGUCUUUGAGACCACACCCACAACGGCAGCUCUGAGCGAUUAUAAAACUGAACAGCAGCCUAAGCAGGAUUCCCAGUCAUAUCAGAGCACUCAGAGCGAUGUGACACAUGCAAAUGAUUUGCAUGGCUUAUCCGAAUCAAAAGUGAUCACUGAGCAUCGUUGCACCACCGAGGCAACCAUGCGUCUAGAGCACAAAUCGGCCUUCAAUCUGGAACUGCCACAGCUGACUGCGCGCCCCAAGACACCAACAAGCAGCGAUAUAACCACCGAUAUAACCGAUACAGCCACCUACCACACCACAACAAACACUGCCGCCCCGAAAACACAGGUACAGACACCGCUCCAGACCCCGUACGCAUCCAGCUAUAAGACUGGAAUAACACAAACCCCACCGCCAGUGCCGCCCAAACCCUGUACGCCAGUGGUGGCAACACUUUAUGGCCAACAGCAGCAGCCACAGAUGCAAACGCAGACCAACACCAGAUACGAGCAGAGUGAACACAAGUCAACGAAAUCCUCCUCCUCGUCCUUUGAUUACUUCAAGAAGAUCGAUGAGGAGACCAUCACACAGCGACCCAAGCCGCUGGCCUUUAAGCCACUGGAGACCCUGGUGCGUCAGCCGCAUGCCCAGAGCCUGGCAGAGGAGCUGCGCAGCCUCAAUCUGAUACCUGGCGAUGCACCCGAAUUCCUCUACGAGCCCAAGACCGAGCGCAAGGAGCCCAAGGUGCCGCUUAUCAAUGAGAAGAUCAAAAUCCUGUCGGAGGUGCAGCCCAUGGAGCCGCCACCGCAGGGCGGUGUGCCCGUCUUUCCACCACCGCUGGGCGCACUGCAGAGCGUGCAACACGAGACGACACUCACGAAGGAGGUCAAGGUGGAGUAUGGCCAACCGAUUGUGCGUCCUGCAGCCGUCUUGGCCACGCCCGCACAACAGAAUCCGCGUUCGCCCUCGCCCAAGCCCUCGGCCGAGGGUGUGGCCAUGUCCAAGCUGUGGACACCAGCGGGUGUUGCGGCACCGCCACCAGCAGCCGCCACCACGCCCACAAAGGAGCUGAAUGCACCCUUCCUGGUGCAGCAAAUAGCCAAGAGCAUACCACCCCAGCCGGUGACCCAUUUGGUCAAUGUCGGUCUGGAGCCGGGCACACCGCCCGAGAUCUGUUUUGCACCCAAAACGGAGGAGCUGAGUCGCCGCCGGUCGCUGGUGGAGAGCAUGGAGCAGAAACUGGAACAGAAUCUGCUGCAGGGACCGCGCAAGGUGUUGCCCCAUUCGGUGCCGACUCUGACGCCGCCUGCACCCAGCGACUAUCGCCCAGCGCCGCAAGCUCCGAGCGCCUACCGCCCACCGCCUCCAGUGCUGCCCACACGUUUGGGUGUCUACGAGAGCGACUACGAGAGCGAUCGCUACAAGUACAGUGGCAGCGAGAGCGAUGCGGAGCCCCGAGCACAGAAGCCCAUCACUACGGAGACCUUCAAGUCGAGUGGCUAUGCGGCGGACACCGAAGAGCAUUCGAAUUAUAGGAAAUCCGAGAGCAGUUACUACGAAACAAAGUCAUCGUCAUCGAUGACAACAGCAGCAGCCGGGCCACAGCUGCAGCCAGAGCCACCUGCAACGAUCUAUUAUACACCAAAGGCGCCACAACAGGCACAACAGCCGCCACAGUUGCCACAACAAAAGCCAAACCAAGAGGCGAAGGACUUCUUUGCCAGCUCGAAGCUGACCAGCAAUUACUCGCACAACAUGCAACAGACAAGCAGCAGCAGCAGCUCCACGCACCAUCAGGAGACCAAGUACAGCUCCACGCUGCCUUCUGUGCGGAGUCCUGUGCCCGUGCUACUGCCGCAACCGAGUCCGGUGCCUGCACAGCGUAAAACCCCAGCGACCGAGUUCAGUGAUUACAGCAGCGAGGUGGAUGAACGUUUCCGUUCGGUGUCCCGCACCAACGAAUCGGAUGCGGACAUCAAGGGUUAUCGUGUGGUCUUUCCGCCCACACCCACACCGCGCACAAAUGUGGCCACAAACGGCCACAAGUCGCCAGUGGUGGUGAUUACACCCUCGCCCAUGGAAUUCGAGCCAAUGCUACACGAGAAUCGGCCCAAAUUCGAGCCCAUUGGCAAGGAGAUUCGUCAUGAGAUCAAAACGGAGACUAGCAGCAGCAGCAGCAGCUCGAAGCAAUCUAAGUUUACCCAGCAGCAGCAGCAGCCCUUGUUCAAGCCCAAGCCUGUGGCAGCAAAGUUUAUAGCUGCCACACAGCAGCAGCAGCAGCAGCAGCCUACACGUCCGACCAUGUACUACAAUGCUGUUGCUGGUGCCCCCAUGCACCUGGCGAAGGUUGCCACAGAGACUAAAAACUCAAUGCAGAUGCACGAGUCCACGGAGAGCUCUCAGCGUGUGGUCAAUAUGCAGCAGACCAAGCGGAUCAUACACUUUGACAGCCAACAGGAGCAGCGCCAGUUGGAGCCCUUCCCUUAUAGUCCUGCCCCAAGUCGUACGCCUUCACGGCAAUCGCAUCUGCCGCCGCCGGCCACGCCCACGAAAUUUAUACCCGGCGAGUUCCGGGAGAGCGACUACGAGAGCGAGGUGGAGGCUGGUUCGCGCAUACAACCGCUUUGGUCACCCUACGGCGAUGGCACGACCCGUGGAUAUCGUCGUGUGGCACCGCCCCAAGGCUCGGCACGCUCCUGCAGCCUGCCACGCGCCUACGAGCGAGUGCUCUCACCCAUGGAGUUUGAUCGGGGACCCGAAAUGCCCACCAAAAUAUACGUAGAUGUGAAUACGUUGAGGAAGGAGCAGCGUGGCGGCAGCACUGUGACCACACAGCACAGCACUCAAUCGCUGAACAGAAAUACCACCAUGAGGGGACAGCAACAGCAGCAGCAACAGCAGCAGCAGCAGCAGCAGCAGCAAGUGCAGCAGCAGCAGCAGUACUCCACUCAGGAGUACUCGCACUCCAGCCAGGAGCAGCAUCAGCAGCAAAGGAUUAGCCGCACCGAACAGCAUGUUCAAAGGAGUCAAAUCACCAGCACCCAACAACGAGUCCAACAACAUUCUGGCGGUGGCAGCAUCACUGGCGGUGGCAUCAACUAUGUGCCACCCGCAUUGACACACGUUUAUGCCCAGGGCGACAUCUCGCCGCCGGUUUUCGAGCAGAUCUUCAAGAAUGCUCGCUUCGCUCAGGGUGGCAAUGCCAUGUUUGAGGGAAGGCUGCGUGGCAAUCCGAAGCCAUUCGUGACAUGGACCCGAAAAGGCGCACCACUUCUCGAGUCGCAAAAGUUUCGAAUGAGCUACAACGAGGCCACCGGCGAUGUCUCGCUGCUGAUCAAUCAGAUUGGACCCGGGGAUGAGGGCGAGUAUACCUGCACCGCUCGCAAUCAGUAUGGUGAGGCCAUCUGCAGUGUCUACAUCCAGCCGGAGGGCGCACCAAUGCCAGCGUUGCAGCAGCCCAGCAUCCAGAAUCUGGAGAAGAACAUCUAUUCGAAUGGGUACUCGUACACGUCCAUCGAGGAGGAGUUCCGCGUGGACACCUUUGAGUAUAGACUGCUGCGUGAGGUCUCCUUCCGCGAGGCCAUCACCCGCCGCUCCGGCUACGAGCUGGACUCUCAGCUCUCCCAAGAGCUCGACCGCACCCUAGGCCCCGCGCAUGCGCCACAAAUCUCGCAGAAGCCGCGCAGCUCGAAGCUCAUUGAGGGCUCCGAUGCUGUGUUUACCGCUCGCGUCGGCUCCAACCCCAAGCCCCGUCUCACGUGGUUCCACAACGGACAGCGUCUGGUGGCAUCGCAGAAGUACGAGAUCUCCUAUUCGAGCGGAGUGGCAACGCUGCGCGUGAAGAAUGCCACCGCCAAGGAUGGCGGCCACUACACCCUUUUGGCUGAGAAUUUCCAGGGCUGUGUCGUCUCCUCUGCCGUGCUGGCCGUGGAGCCGGCGGCUGAGUCUGCCUACGAACCGAAACCCGUGGACGUGAUGGCCGAGCAGCUGGAGGCGGGCAAGGCCUUGCCCCCGUCAUUUGUCAAGGCCUUUGCCGAUCGCGAGGUCACCGAGGGACGCAUGACCCGUUUUGAUUGUCGCGUGACUGGCAAUCCCUAUCCGGAGGUCUUCUGGUUCAUCAAUGGUCGCCAGGUGAGGGACGAUGCCUCACACAAGAUUCUCGUGAACGAAUCGGGCAGCCAUUCGCUGAUGAUUACGAAUGUGACCCGCCUGGAUGGCGGCGCUGUGCAGUGUCUGGCCCGCAACAAGGCCGGCGAGGUGGCCAUCGAGGCGCAGUUGAAUGUGCUGGAAAAGGAACAGGUUGUUGCACCGCAAUUUGUUCAACGCUUCAGCACGAUGACUGUGCGCGAGGGUGAACCGAUAACGAUGAGUGCCAAUGCCAUUGGCACACCACUGCCGCGCAUUACCUGGCAAAAGGAUGGCGUUCAGAUCUCAUCCACCGCCGAACGUUUCGUGGGCAUUGACGGAGGCGCCACCUGCCUGGAGAUACCGCGUGUCCAGGCCACCGAUGCCGGUUGGUAUCAGUGCACGGCCCAGAAUAUUGCCGGCUCGACGGCCAAUCGUGCGCGCCUCUAUGUGGAAGUGCCACGAGAGCAGCCAUCGCAGGAGCAGCGUCGUUUGAAUCUGCCCCGACCCACGAAAGUGAUUGAGCCAGAACCCAUUCCUGGCCCUGAAAUCAUUUACUUGCGUCAUGUGGAGCGCGCCAAGCCCCAUUUGCGCCCUGGGGAGGAGGAUCGCGUUUAUCCUCCACCACAAUUUAUUAUCCCGCUGCAGAAUGUGCAGCAGACCGAGGGCGGACGCGUGCAUAUGGAGGCGCGCAUUGAGCCCGUGGGUGAUCCCACAAUGGUCGUCGAAUGGUAUCUCAAUGGACGUCCCCUGGCAGCCAGUGCCCGUGCCACAUCUGUCUUCAAGUUUGGUUUCAUCGCCUUGGAUCUGCUGAGCAUCAUGGGUCAUGACUCUGGCGAGUACAUGUGCCGCGUGAGCAAUGCCAGCGGUGUGGCCGAGUCCCGUGCCAUUCUGUCUGUUGUGCAGCGUCCAUCCAUCGAUCAGACAUCGCAGAAUCCCAACAGUGUGCAGUACAUCUCGCAGCUGGAGGACUAUUCGCGCUAUCAGCGACAGGAGAGCUCCGAGGAGCAGCUGAAUCAGGCGCCCCAGUUCAUACGCCCACUGCGUGAUUUGGGCGAGUUUGAGGAGGGUAAAAAUGUGCACUUUGAGGCACAGGUGACGCCCGUCAAUGAUCCAUCGAUGCGCGUGGAAUGGUACAAGGAUGGCCUGCCCAUUACAGCCAGCUCCAGGAUCACGGCCAUCUUCAACUUUGGCUAUGUGUCCCUGAAUAUCCUACACCUGAGAGCCGAAGACUCCGGCACCUACACCGUGCGCGCCGUCAAUCGCAUUGGCGAGGCCAUCAGUCAGUCGGUUAUUCGUGUCCAUGUGCGCUCCCAAGUGACCGCCGAUCUGGGCAUACCCGAGCAGCAGCGUUACAUCGAAAAGACCGAGCAACUGGAGGACUAUCGCAGCAAAUCUCAGCAGCGUCGUCAUGUGCAGGAGGCACCCGAGGCCAUUGCACCGCCGCAGUUCAAGACUCCCAUCCAGAAUCAAUUGGAUCUGCGGGAGCACGCGCAUGCGCACUUUGAGGCGCGUCUCGAGCCGGUGGGCGACUCCACGAUGCGCGUCGAGUGGCUGAAGGAUGGCCAACCGCUGGAGGCGAGCAGCCGCAUCACGACCUACCACAACUUUGGCUACGUGGCGCUGACCAUCAAACAGCUGACCAUCUACGAUGCCGGCACCUACACCUGCCGCGCCUACAAUGCCAUGGGCCAGGACACCACCGUGGCCCAAUUGACGGUCAUCUCAAAGAAUGAAAUUGUCUCCGACUCGCAGCAUCCCGGUGGUCUGCAGAAGAUUCAACAUUUGGAGGACUCAUCCCGCUACGGACGUCGCGAGGAGGAGGAGAUUUGCAUCAAUCAGGCGCCACGUUUCCUCGGUCCCAUGAAGGGCACCACCAAGAUCUUGGAGGGACAACGCGCCCACUUUGAGGCACGCGUGGAGCCGCAGUCGGAUCUGGGCAUGCAUAUUGAAUGGUAUCACAAUGGACGCUCCAUCACGGCAGCCAAUCGCAUACAGACCUACUACGAUUUUGGUUAUGUGGCUCUGGAUAUCUCGCAAGUGAGGGCCGAGGAUGCGGGCGUCUAUCUGGUGGUGGCCAGGAACAAGCUGGGUGAAGCUCAGUUGCAGGCAACGAUGGUAGUGGAAACUCGUUCCAAUAUCGACACAUCUAGCAUGCAUCGUGGCCUCUACGAGAAGACCCAAAAUCUGGAGAAUAAACCCUUCGUGGAGCCCCAAUAUGACAUUGAGGAGAUCUCCAAGUCCAAGCCCGUAUUCGUGCAGCCCCUGGCCGAUCCCAAGCCCAUACAUGAUGGCAAAAAUAUCCAUUUGGAGUGCCGCCUGGAGCCCAUGGGUGAUCCCACAAUGCGCGUCGAAUGGUUCCACAAUGGCCGCCCCGUGACAGUGGGCUCUCGCUUCAGGACCUACUACGACUUUGGCUUCGUGGCUUUGGACAUUAUCAAGGCCACUGCCGCGGACUCUGGGGAGUAUACAGUGCGUGCCACCAACCAUCUGGGCACUGCCCAUACCUCCGCCUGUGUGCGUGUGAUCGAUCGCACCGAUGUCGUCACGGAGACGCAGAAUGAGCAAUCGCUGGAGCAGAUCCAACUGCUCGAAAACUCGCGUAGCAGGCAGCAUCGCGAGGAGGACAUCACCGUGAUGCAAGCGCCACAAUUUACGCGUGCGUUGCAUAACAUCGAGACUGUGGAGGGCACCAAUGUCCAUCUGGAGUGCCGCCUGCAGCCCGUGGGUGAUCCAUCGAUGCGCAUCGAAUGGUUCGUGAAUGGCAAACCCGUCAAGACGGGCCAUCGCUUCCGUCCCGCCUAUGAGUUUGAUUAUGUGGCCUUGGAUCUGCUCGGCUGCUAUGCCAUCGAUUCGGGCGUGUACACGUGCCAGGCAAGGAAUCAACUGGGCGAGGCCGUCACCUCUUGCUCCGUGAGAAUCACCUCAAAGAACGAUUUGAUUCUGGAGACGCAGAAUGAAUCGGGACUGCAAAAGAUUGCCUAUCUGGAGGAUAGUUCUCGGUAUCGCCGUCACGAGGAGAUCGAUGAGGUGGUCAACAUUCGUCCGAGGUUCCUUACCCAACCCAAGAGCCUGAACAACACCCGCGAGGGAGGACACGCCCACUUCGAGUGUAAGAUUGAACCCGUCACAGAUCCCAAUCUGAAGGUUGAAUGGUUCAAAAAUGGUCGCCCCAUCACCGUGGGUCAUCGCUUCCGUCCCAUACACGAUUUUGGUUAUGUGGCUUUGGACAUUGUUCAUUUGAUUGCCGAGGAUUCGGGUGUCUACACCUGCAGGGCAGUCAAUUUGAUUGGCUCCGAUGAGACCCAAGUGGAGUUGCAGUGCCGCAGCAGCGAGCAAAUUGUCACCGUGACCCAGAAUGAGGCGGGACUCGAGCAGAUCCACUAUUUGGAGGAUCGUUCGCGGUACAGCCGUCGCGAGGAGAUUGACGAGAGCACCAAGCAGGCGCCAGUGUUUACCACAUCCCUGAAGAACAUUGAGAUCAAGGAGAACCAAAGGGCGCACUUUGAGUGCCGUUUGAUCCCCGUUUCGGAUCCAUCGAUGCGCGUGGAGUGGUACCACAACAAUCUGCCCCUCAAGUCGGGCUCCCGCUUCACGGAAACCUCCAACUUUGGUUUUGUGGCGCUGGAUAUUAUGUCCACGCUGCCCGAGGAUGCUGGCACCUACACCUGUCGCGCCUUCAAUGCCGUUGGCGAGGCCAUCACCUCCGCUGUGGCUGUGGUGCACACCAAGAAGUCAAUUUACUUGGAAUCGCAGCACGAGACGGCACUGCCACGUCUGCAGCAUCUGGAGGAUGGCUCCAAGCGCCAGCGCAUCAGUGUCCAAGAUGAGUUUGUGUCCCAGGCGCCAAUCUUUACGAUGCCCGUGAGGGAUGUGCGUGUGGCCGAGAAUCAGGCCGUGCACUUUGAGGCACGUUUGAUCCCCGUGGGAGAUCCCAACCUAAAGGUCGAGUGGCUGCGCAAUGGCCAGCCCAUUGAGGCCUCGAAUCGCACCACCACCAUGCAUGACUUUGGCUAUGUCGCACUGAACAUGAAGUAUGUGAAUCCCGAGGAUUCCGGCAGCUACAGCUGCCGUGCCAUCAAUGAGUUGGGUCAAGCGGUGACCUCCGCCUCGCUGAUUGUCCAAUCAAAGACGGCCAUUCAGCUGGAGACGCAACACGAGGCUGCCAUGCACAAGAUACAUCAAUUGGAGGAUCACAGCCGCUACCAGCGACGCGAAGAGGAGGAGUACACAGUCACCACGGCCCCAGUGUUUGUCACGAAACUGAUUGGACCCACGAACCUAAAGGAGGGUCAAAGCGCCCACUACGAGUGCCGCAUCGAGCCGUAUCCGGAUCCCAAUCUGAAGGUCGAGUGGUUCCACAAUGGCAAACCCCUCAGCACGGGCCAUCGGUUCCGCACCACCUACGACUUUGGUUUUGCCGCCCUGGACAUUCUGACGGUCUAUGCCGAAGACUCUGGGGAGUACACCUGCCGCGUAACCAAUAAUCUGGGCGAGGCCAUCAAUUCAAUCAACCUGAAUGUCACCUCUCGCUCCUCGAUCAUCCAUGAGACACAGCACGAGGAUGCACUGUCAAAGAUUGCCCAUCUAGAGGAUGCCUCACGCUUCCAGCGCAAGGCGGACGAGGAGCAGUUCCACGCAGAGCGUCCACAAUUCGGUCGCUCGCUGCGCAAUGCCAAGGUCAACGAGGGCACGCCGGUGCAUCUGGAGGCAACGCUGAUACCCGUGAAUGAUCCCACAAUGAAGGUCGAAUGGUACUGCAAUGGCACACCCAUCCAAGCGGGACAUCGCUUCAAGACAACCUACGAUUUUGGUUUUGUCGCACUGGACAUCCUUUAUGCACAUGCCGAGGAUACGGGCACAUACAUGUGCAAGGCCAAGAAUGCAAUUGGAGAGGCAGUCACGACAUGUGCUGUAAACGUAACAGCAAACAAAACCCUCGAUCUGGACACUAUGGAUGCGGAGAGACUCGAAAAGAUUCGCCAACUGGAAAGCUAUGCCCCGCCCACCAAGGCUGUCGUGGAGGAGAAGGGCUCCAAGCCCAUUUUCCUCACACCACUCAGCAAUUUGGAGCACCUCAAGGAGGGCGAACAUGCCCAUCUCGAGUGCCGUGUGGAGCCCAUCAAUGAUGCGAACCUCAAGAUUGAAUGGUUCUGCAAUGGCAAGCAGUUGCCCAUGGGUCAUCGCUUCCGCACCACCCACGAUUUUGGCUAUGUGGCGCUGGACAUUCUCUAUGUCUAUGGAGAAGACACUGGCACGUACAUGUGCAAGGCCACCAAUUUGUUGGGUGAGGCAGUAAAUACCUGCAAUGUGCGCGUAUUGAAUCGCCGCAGCAUGAUUCUGGAUACCCAACAUCCCGAUGCUUUGGAGAAGAUUCAGAAACUGGAAUCGAAGGUGGUGAAUGCACGCACUGAGGUCGGUGAUCAUCCCAUCAGUCCGCCACACUUUACGGCGGAGCUGCGCGGCUCCACGGAGAUUUACGAGGGACAAACGGCGCACUUUGAGGCGCAGGUGGCACCGGUGCAUGAUCCCAAUCUACGCAUCGAAUUCUAUCACAAUGGCAAGCCACUGCCAUCGGCUGCCCGCUUCCACAUCACCUUUGACUUUGGCUAUGUGUCGCUGGACAUUACCCAUGCCGUGGCCGAAGAUGCUGGAGAGUAUUCUGUUCGUGCUGUCAAUGCCAUGGGACAGGCCGUGUCGGCCACUAAUCUCAGGGUGAUUGCCCGCGGCACCAUAAUCUCGGACACACAGCAUCCGGAGGGUCUGGAGAAGAUCCGCAAGCUGGAGUCCACAGCGCCACAUCAGCGCCAGGAGGUGGAGACACCGGGCACUCGUCAGCGUCCCGUGUUCACGCAGCCCUUGCAGAACAUUGACAGGAUCAAUGAGCACCAGACGGCGCACUUUGAGGCGCGUUUGAUUCCCGUGGGUGAUCCCAAUUUGAAGGUCGAAUGGUAUCGCAACGAGAAGAUCAUCGAGGACAGCUCUCGCAUCACCAAGCAGCAUGACUUUGGCUUUGUUUCUCUGGACAUUUCCCACAUUCGGAAGGAGGAUGAGGGCGUCUACAUGUGCCGUGCUGUGAAUCCGCUGGGAGAGGCCGUGACCACCGCCUCCAUGCGUGUUGUGUCCGAGGCCAGCAUUCUGAUGGACACGCAACAUCCGGACAGCAUAAGUCGCAUCCAUCAGCUCGAGAAACCAUUGGCGCCACGUCCCACCGAACCGGAGCGUCUCUUCGAGAAGCCCAUCUUCACGCAGCUGCUGACGGGACCCUCAGAGCUAUGGGAGGGCGCACACGCCCACUUCGAGGCGAGGGUUGUGCCCGUGGGUGAUCCUUCACUACGUUUCGAAUGGUUCAUCAAUGGAGUGGAGCUGCAAAUGGGCUCCCGACUGCGCACCACUCACGACUUUGGUUUCGUGACGCUCGACAUUGCGGCUGUGGUGCCGGAGGAUGCCGGCGUUUACAUGUGCCGCGCUUACAAUGCCGCCGGCGAAGCUGUCUCCUCCACGGCCAUGAAGGUGAAGACCAAGGCCAACAUUGAUGGACAACCUUUGAUCCCCGAGUCUUGGGAGGCCAUUCGCCUGAAGGAGGCUGCCAUGAAUCGUGUGCCCGAAAUGUUUGUAGACUCUACGCCACAACAGGCGCCGGUGUUCACGACACAUCUGCAAUCCUACGACAAGUUGCACGAGGGACAACAUGUGCUGCUCGAAGCUCAAGUGGAGCCACGCGCUGAUCCCAAUCUGCGCAUCGAAUGGUUCAAGAAUGGAAUCUCCCUGACCACCGGCUCCAGGAUACGCAGCACUUUCGACUUUGGUCUGGUGACGCUGUCCAUCAACGGUUUGCGCGAGGAUGAUUCAGCCAUUUACACGUGCAAGGCCACCAACCAGAUCGGUGAAGCCGUGUCCACAUCCUCGCUGAAGAUUGAAGAUCGUCACUGGCUGCAGGCGGACUCGCUGCAUCCCGAUGCCCUGCCACGUAUUGGCGCACUGGAGGCACCCAAAGCGGAUCGCCCAGCGGCGCCAGAGCCCACCUAUGAGACGCCCGUGUUCAUUACGCAUCUGAACAACAUCGAGUGCAAGGAGUCGGACAAUGUGCGCUUCGAGUGCAAUGUGGAGCCCGCCAGGGAUCCCACAAUGCAGAUUGAAUGGUUCUACAAUGGACAACCGCUGCAGGCGGCAGCCAAAUUCAAGUCCAUCUAUGACUUUGGCUACUGCGCGCUGGAUCUCACCAAUUCCUAUGCGGAGAACAGUGGCAUAUACACGUGCAAGGCCACGAAUAGCCGUGGUUCGGCCACCACAUCGGGCACUCUCAAGUGCACCGGUGGCAAGACCAUGUACCUGGACACACAACAUCCCCAGGGAGAGAGCGGUCUGGAGGCAGUGCAGGAAACCGAAGAGGCACUGGCCAAUCGUUAUGCCCAGAAAUCGAGCAAACCCGAGACCCAAUAUCCACCACCAGUGUGGACCAAGCCGCUGCAGGCCGAGUUCCAUUUGUCGGAGGCGCAACCCAUCCAUUUGGAGGCGAAUGUGGAGCCCAAGGAGGAUCCAAAUCUGUUCAUCGAAUGGUACUUUAAUGGCAAAAUGCUGCAGCAUGGCUCACGCUUCAAGAUGACCACAGAAUUUGGUUUUGUUACAAUGGACAUGAUUGAGGUUUACGCUAGGGAUCAGGGCAUCUACACGUGCAAGGCAUACAACAAGGCCGGUGAGGCAUUCACCUCCACAACCAUCUUCUGCUCCACCAAGGAGAACAUCAUUGAGAGCACACAACACCCCAAGGGCGCUGAGGGUCUCGAACAGAUCCAGGACCUCGAGGAUUCACUGCGCAAGGACGGCUCCAAGCCGGAGCAACCCGAUCUGGGCAUUGCCCCACGCUUCACCACGGAGUUCGUCAACAUUGCAGACAUUGGCGAGGGCGAGUUGGCUCACUUCGAGGCGAAUCUUAUACCUGUGGGCGAUCAGAGCAUGAUCAUAGAAUGGUUCUACAAUGGCAAAGUGCUGGAGGCCAGUCAUCGCGUGCGCACCAUCUACGCUUUUGGCACAGUGGCCCUGGAGGUGCUCGGCACCAAGAUCGAGGACACUGGCACCUACACCUGCCGUGCCACCAAUAAACAUGGCACGGCCGAGAUCAGCUGCACGUUGGAGUGCGUGGACAAGCCACGUGGCCAGAAGCCGCACUUUACCUCCCACAUUCAGCCGCUGCAGGGCUUGAAGGACGGACAAUCGGCGCAUUUCGAGUGCACUUUGAUUCCAGUCAACGAUCCGGAUCUGAAGGUCGAAUGGUAUCACAAUGGCAAGCUGUUGCGUCACUCGAAUCGCAUCAAGACUGUCUCCGACUUCGGUUACGUUGUCCUGGACAUUGCCUACCUGCAGGAUCACGAUUCCGGGGAGUAUGUGUGCCGUGCAUGGAACAAAUACGGCGAGGACUUUACCCGCACCACCCUCAAUUGUGGUGGACGCGGCGGCGUCUUCUACGACAGCCUGCAGCCUGAUUCGUUGCAGCGCAUUCGCGAAUUGGAGUGCCCACAGGGACAGCAGGGAGAUACCAGUGCACCCGUCGUGGCAGAGCCACCGAAAUUCAUCACACAGAUUGCGGAUGUCACCAAGCUGGUGGAGGGACAGAGCGCGCACUUUGAGGCACGUCUUACGCCCAUCACGGAUCCCGAUUUGGUCGUGGAAUGGUACUUCAAUGGCAAGAAACUGCCGCACGGUCAUCGUUUCCGCACGUUCCAUGACUUUGGCAUUGUCAUCCUGGACAUUCUUUACUGCUACGAAGAGAACUCUGGCGUGUACGAGUGUCGUGCGGUCAACAAGUACGGCGAGGAUUCGACACGCGCCUCCCUCAAGUGCGCCUCAAAGGCGAGCCUCAUUUUGGACUCGCAACUGCCCCGCGGCAUGGAGGGUGGCCUGGAGAAGAUUGCCAAUCUGGAGUACAGCAUGGUGCGCACACGCGACGACGCCACCACCGAGGAGACCAAGGGCAAGGCGCCCGUCUUCACCGUGCCCCUCGAGAACAUUGACAACAUGCGCGAGGGCGAGAAUGCGCACUUUGAGGCAAGGAUAACGCCCGCCGAUGAUCCCAAAUUGAAGGUUGAAUGGUUCUGGAAUGGACGACCCCUCAAGGCGGGCUCACGCUUCCGCACUUUCUGUGACUUUGGUUUCGUUAUCCUGGAGAUUUCCCCGGUCUAUCCCGAGGACUCCGGAGAGUACUCGUGCCGUGCCAUCAACGACUAUGGCGAGGCCGUGACCACCUCCACAAUGAAGAUCCAAGGCAAGCGCUCCAUCAUCAUGGAAUCACAGCUGCCCAAGGGCAUGGAGGGCACCAUCGAUCGCAUUGCCGAGCUCGAGGGAUUGGGCUCACGCAGCACAGAGUUCGUGCCGGAUGAUGACACUGGCAAGCCGCCAGAGUUCAUUACGACGCCAUUUGACAUGGUCAUUACGGAGAAUUCGCUGGCGCACUUCGAGUGCCGCCUGCAGCCCAUCAAUGAUCCGUCGAUGCGUGUGGAUUGGUUCCACAAUGGCAAGGCCCUGUGGGCCGGAUCUCGCAUCAAGACCAUCAAUGACUUUGGCUUUGUUAUCCUGGAGAUUGCGGGCUGUUAUCAGCGCGACACGGGACUGUACACGUGCAAGGCCACCAAUAAGCAUGGUGAGGCCACAGUGUCUUGCAAGCUGCAGGUCAAGGGUCGCCAGGGCAUCAUCAUGGAGCCACAGCUGCCGUCGAACUUCCGCACUGGCACCGAGAGCCUGCAGAAGCUGGAGGAGAGCAUGCACAAGCGUGAGGAGAUUGUCAUCGAUGAGGAGCAACCCAAUCCACCGAAAUUCACCGAGGACAUUAAGGACAAUCUGGAUGUGCCCGAGGGUGGACCCAUACACUUUGAUUGCCGCGUUGAGCCCGUGGGCGAUCCAUCGAUGCGCAUCGAAUGGUUCUACAAUGGUCAUGUGAUGGCCACUGGCUCCAGGGUGCAUCAGCUGAAUGAUUUUGGUUUCAUUGCUCUCGAUGUGGAUUACAUUUAUGCCCGGGACUCGGGCGAGUACACGUGUCGUGCCACAAACAAGUGGGGCACUGCCACCACCACCGCCAAGGUCACGUGCAAGGGCAAGCAUAACAUUGUCUACGAAUCGCAGCUGCCCGAGGGCAUGACCUCGGACAAGCUCAAGGAACUCGAACGUGGACGCAUACCCGAGGCACCCAAGAUCGUCGAACAGGAGUACGGACCCCCGAAGUUUGUCACACAAAUCACCAACGUGACCGUGGAGGAGGCGGAGGCCGUCAGGUUUGAGUGCCAAGUGGAACCCAAAACGGAUCCCAGCCUGCGCGUUGAAUGGUAUCGCAAUGGCAAACCUCUGCCGUCAGGUCAUCGUUAUAGGAACAUCUUUGACAUGGGUUUCGUCUCGCUGGACAUUCUCUAUGUCUAUGGCGAGGACUCUGGCGAGUAUGUGUGCCGCGCCAUUAACAAUCAUGGCGAGGAUCGCACCAGAGCCACAGUGUCCUGCAAGAAACUGCCCACAAUUCUGUUGCAAAAUCAAGUGCCACGCGGCAUGAAACGCUCCGAUGCAUUGACCCAAAUGGAGGCCACCAUCAAAAAGUACACCUCGGAGGUGCAUCUCACAGAGGAUGAUCUCUUCGAUCCGGAUCGCAAGCAGCCCCCGAGAUUUGUGACUCAAAUCAAGGAACAGCUGACGCUCACAGAAAUGGCCGUCACGAAAUUCGAAUGCCAAUUGGCGCCCGUGGGUGAUCCCAAUAUGAAGGUUGAAUGGUUCUUCAAUGGCAAGCCAUUGCUGUACAAGAACCGCUUCCAACCCAUUUACGAUUUUGGUUAUGUGGCCAUGAACUUUGGUUGGGUUUAUCCCGAGGAUUCCGGCGAAUAUGUCUGCCGUGCCACCAAUUUGUAUGGCAAGGAUGAGACCCGUGCCUUCAUCAAGGUCUCUGGCAAGCCGGGCAUUGUCUAUGAUUCGCAGCUGCCUGCACAUAUGCAGAGCAUAGAUCGCAUUCGUGAAAUGGAGGCCUCAUGGCAGGUUGUCCCUGAGGAGGCUGAUCCCGAUGCCAAGCCACGAUCUAAGCCUGUUUUUGUCAGCAAAAUUGAACCCCAGACGGUGGAGGAAGGCGAACCCGCUCGAUUCUGUGUCCGUGUGACUGGACAUCCACGUCCCAGGGUCAUGUGGCUGGUCAAUGGCCAUACCGUGGUGCAUGGCUCUCGCUAUAAGCUCACCAACGAUGGCAUGUUCCAUUUGGAUAUCCCCAAGACCCGUCAAUACGACACAGGCAAAGUGGAGGUGAUUGCUCGCAAUUCUGUGGGUGAAUCCAUCACUCAGACCGAACUGAAGGUUGUCUCACGCUCCGAUGAUUAUCGCAAUGUUUUGAAGAACUCGCCACGCCCCUGGUAUGACUAUGAGCUAGCCGCCUAUCAGAAGGAGCGUCAGGACAAUGAACUGGAAAAGGUAUUUGAUGAACGUAAGCAAUAUUUGUCCGAGCAGAGUGCACACACGCUCAAGGGCGUGGAGCAUCUGAAGCCGAAGCAGUACAAGCCACAGACACCCGACUGGCAGCAGAAUGUCAAGGCCAAGAAGAGCGAGGAGUACUACAACAAGCUGCAGAGCCUGGAGGUGGAACAGCUGCUCAAGGAGACCAAUCUGAGGAGGGACAAUCAUCAGUAUGCCAUACCCGGCGAGAAGGUUGUCAGCAGCUCAGCGGCCAAGGGCAUGGCACACUCUUACGAGGAGAAUCUCCAAGAGCAAACGAGCACCACUCAGGUAAAGCCUGCCCCACCAAAGGGCAUCGCUGAACCCUCCGAGUCGUCCGUGCAUGGCCGUGAGGUGCACAUGAACAAGCAACAGCAAGUGCAGAAGGAAAUCCAAGGUGAUCUUGAGAUCACACGCAAGAUCACCGCCACCGAAACCACCGAAGUGGAGCACAAGGGCACCAUUCAGGAGCGCGUGGUCAAGGGACCCGUUAAGCCUGCCAAGGCCCCAGUUUUCACCAAGAAAAUCCAACCCUGCCGCGUGUUUGAGAACGAACAGGCCAAGUUCGAGGUGGAAUUCGAUGGCGAACCCAAUCCCACGGUGAAAUGGUACCGCGAGAGCUUCCCCAUUCAGAACUCACCGGAUCUGCAGAUCCACACGUUCAGCGGCAAAUCGAUUUUGAUUAUCCGUCAGGUGUUUGUAGAGGAUUCGGCUGUGUUCUCGUGCGUGGCUGAGAACCGCGGAGGCACCGCCAAGUGCAGCGCCAAUCUCGUGGUGGAGGAGCGUCGUCGUGCCGGCAAGGGUGGCAUUCAGCCACCGAGCUUUGUGACCACCAUUCAGAGCACCACCGUGGCCACCGGACAGCUGGCACGCUUCGAUGCCAAGGUCACAGGUACCAAGCCCAUGGAUGUCUACUGGCUGAAGAACGGCAUGAAGAUCCAUCCGAGCAUCAAGUUCAAGAUGCUCGAAGAGGAUUCCGUCCACACUUUGCUCAUCAUCGAACCCUUCGCCGAGGACUCUGGCCGCUACGAGUGUGUGGCCGUCAAUUCGGCUGGAGAGGCGCGUUGCGAUGGCGAUUGCGUUGUUCAAUCGCCCACAAAGCCGGACAAACCAACGACACCCGGCAGCGAGAAGGCCCCACACAUCGUGGAGCAGCUGAAGAGCCAGUCCGUCGAGGAGGGCAGCAAGGUGAUCUUCCGCUGCCGCGUGGAUGGCAAGCCCACGCCCACAGCCCGCUGGAUGCGCGGUGAGAACUUUGUCAAGCCGUCGCGCUACUUCCAAAUGUCGCGACAGGGCGAGUACUAUCAGUUGAUCAUAUCGGAGGCCUUCCCCGAGGACGAGGGCACCUACAAGUGUGUGGCCGAGAAUAAGUUGGGCAGCAUUCAGACCAGCGCCCAGCUGAAGGUGCGUCCCAUUGAGAAUUUGGAUGCCCCACCGACCAUUACGGCACUGAAGGAUGUCUCCGUUACGGAGGGCAUGCCCGCACAAUUCAAGACGACAGUGACGGGCAAGGUGAAGGCCACCAGUGUUCAGUGGUUCCGCGAGGGACAGCUGAUACCCGAGACACCAGAUUUCCAGAUGAUCUUUGAUGGCAACAGCGCUGUGCUUUUGAUUGGAACCACCUACGAGGAGGAUUCGGGCAUCUUUACAGUACGUGUGACUUCGUCCACCGGCCAGGUCGAGUCCUCAGCCAAACUGACUGUUAAAAGUAAGGAUUAAAUCUAAAAACUAAGCCAAAACCGCAACCAGAGUUCGACAAAAUACCAAGCAAAACACACACAUAAAACCAAACGUAAGCGAACCGUGUUCAAAACAUCAAUCAACAAAAAAAGAUCAAACAACCAACAGAAAAACAAAACCAACUCCAAAGAUUGCUCAAAAAAUAACUGAAAAUACUAGAAAGUAACGUAUAUUUUCAGUACGGAAAAUAUUUAAAAUACCGACAAUACUGAACUUAUACUGAAAAAUAUUUAAAACAUAAAAACUGACACAACGAAUCCCCAAAAAAACAGCUACGAACGUAUAGAACCAACCACUACUACUACUCGUACGAUUAUAUUACCUAAAACCUAUCGAAAUAUAUCGAUAGUUAUCGAUAUUGACCAACUACUAGUCGUAAAAGUUGGA